ACAGCACUUAAGCGUAUCGCUUGUGUAUUCAAUACCCCCGAAUUCUAUUUUAUACGUUGGUCAAAAAUCAUCGAUCUUUUUUCAACAAUUAAAUAACAAAACAGCAGUAUUUAGUGCGGGCGUUCAAAUGUUAUAAAUUAUAGGUCAAAUAUGUGUUUGGUGUAGAGUUUUGUUUUAAAAACAAAAUUAAAAACGAAACAUAUUAACAUUCAUUUUGAAUUAAGCAAAAAACACAAAAUUUAGAUGUAAAUGGGAACACGAGACAAGUGUAUUUGUUUAUUCAUAGCUUUAUUAUCAGUUUUACAAUAAACGUGAUGUCGCUAUGUUCUCAAGUUGUGUAACACGAUAAAAACCAAUGCUACGCAUUGUAAGCUAAACAUCUAAAGUGAUAAAGUAAAGUUGCAAAUUGAACUGCAAUAUAAUAUUGAUUCGCAACAAAACCGAAAGAGAAACAAAGAAAAAUCAACGACCACAAACAUUGUGCAGUGUGCAUCACAAAGAUCUGACGACAACCGAUUUUUAUUGUAUUAAUGGAGCAAUAAGAAUAUCACAAUUUGAAUUGCAAAUAGAAAUGUACUAGUGCUGCCGGAUUCGAGAUUAAUGGAAAUGCUUUGGCUAUGGAUGAGAUUAUUGAUUGUGUCGCUAAUGGGGUUGACAGCGUUGCGAGCCGAACCUUGUUUAUCAUCAACCGAAAGUCAAGAUACUCGAGUCAAUUUAGCGACAUACGAUGAAGAAAUUGUUAUUCAAGUAUCGAAUAACGUGUUGCAUCAAAUCAGUUCACAUGUAUUCGGUAUAUUGGCAAAGGAAAUUCUAAACCGAAAAAUUGUGUACGAGGACAUUCAAUUCCCACAAGAUCUCAUUAACGAAAGAGAAAAACUUUCUGAAAUACUUGAUAAAAUUCAAAGUUCAUCGAAGCCGCUGUUAAAUUUAGGAGUAUGGAUGCCACCAGAUUAUCAAAUCGCACCGCCUGACGUUAACAAAGAGGAAAUGGUUGGACGUUUCAGUACAGGAAGAUUUGGAUGGUUUGUGCCUAGGAAACUUUUCGAAAAUGAUGGCGCUUCGUUAACCAUUCCCUAUACAAUAUUCAAAAAUAAUAAAAAAAACGAAUUCAACCGUUUUAUUUACGAUGAGAGCAUUUUAAAGCAAUUUAAACACGAUGCUCAAUACAUCCCGGACCACUGUCAAAAUGAGAAAUGCGUGACUUUGUUGUCUGGACAUAGAGAGGAUACAUUUUUUGUAACCGCACACAUUGAUGAGCUUCAAUUAUAUGUGAAGAUUAUUUGGUUCGGCGAUAUUUUACGUUACGUGACUAAAGCCUUAUUCAAUCAAUUGGCUGAUGCUAAUCGAUACAAAGAAAAUCGUAAGUCAUUCAUUAUUGUCUAUUGGACACCGUCUGAAAUAAUCGAUGGCGAUAUCGAUUAUGAAACAAUAAUAAUGCCAAAGUGUGAACAAUUUAAUAGUAAAAAUAGCAAAGAUACAAUGUGCAAAUACGAAUUGACGCCGAUUCUCAAGUAUGCAAAAUGUAGUUCAACAUUAAAACAUUCAACUCCGGUGUAUACAGUAUUAAGUAAUAUUUAUUUUGAGAGAAAUAAUGAAACCUAUCUAUUACAAUUGUACAAUAAUUUAACCGAUCGACACUCAGAAGUUAGUUACACUGAUAAGACACGUUUGGAUAAAACUGUACAAGAUGAUACAAUUUUAAAUAAUGCGAACAACAAAACGCAACUAUACGAUGAAAUCGCGUGCAGAUUUAUUAAAGAAAAUGAACAAUGGUUCAGAGAUAUGGUUGAAUUACCAGAACAGAAGGCACGACAGAGAAGAAAGAUUUACAUUGGAGGUAUUUUUCCAAAGAAAGAAGAAGCCGAACUUGAACAUAACGGAACAAUAAUUGCGGUUGAAUUAGCUCAAAAAGAUAUCGAACAAAAUGAAACACUUUUGCCGGAUAUUGAGUUGAUGGUGAUUUCUCAUGAUGACGGAUGUCAUUUGGACACAGUAAUGCGAACAUUCAUUAAUUACUAUGUUGAUCGAGAAGAUGUGCUUGGGGUCCUGGGACCCCCAUGUAGUGAGAGCUUACAGCCCAUAGCGAGUUUAUCGAAGCACAUUCACAUGACUGUUAUAAGCUAUUCCGCCGAAGGAUUUUCUUUUAAAGACCGCGAAAAAUAUCCAUACUUUUUUCGAACAAUCGGCGAAAAUCGACAAUAUGAACAUGUUUAUGUAAAAUUAUUCAAAGAGUUAAAUUGGCAUCGGGUUGUUGCUUUCACCGAGGACGGACAGAAAUACACCGAAUACAUAUCACUAUUGGAGAAUUCACUGAAAGAAAAUGGCAUUGAAUUAACAAAUAAAAAAUUCUCUAAAUAUUUUAGCCCAGAGAAAAUGCAGAGUUCACUUUUGGACCUGAAAAAUAAGAACUCGAACAUUAUUAUUGCUGAUGUUUAUGACGAACAAGCAGGCGUAGUGCUUUGCGAAGCUUUUAAAUUGAAGAUGUCUGCAAAGCAUGGUUAUGUGUGGUUCUUGCCAAUUUGGGUGGAUAAAAAUUCAAAAGAAAUCUACGAAUCUGAGAAUGUAAAUUGCACACGUGAUCAAAUUGAUCAAAUGCUGGAAGGUCAUUUUUCUCUCGUUGGAUCAUCUUAUGCGGCUGAUGAAACCAUUAUGGAAACAAAUCAAACAGUUGGCAAAUGGAAGGAAAUGUACGGUUUAUCGAAUACAUCUCAUUAUGGUGGCUAUGCAUAUGAUGCAGUUUGGGUGUACGCAUUGGCAUUGGAUAAAUUAAUUAAAGAGUCACCAAAUUAUUUAGCAACACUUAACACACCCAAUACGACUGAACGAUUUGUUCAAAUAUUAUCGGAGAGUGAUUUCACCGGUGUAUCUGGUCGCAUUCAAUUCGGUGAAGGUGGAUCACGUUUUUCGACCAUCAAUGUUCAGCAAUGGGUGAAUAAUGAACACCGUUUAGUUGCCGUUUUUGAACCGUAUAUCGCUGAAAGUCGUGUGAUUCAAGGUGGGCAUUUCAAUUUCAGUGCAUCGAAUAUAAUUUGGUUAACUGAAAAUGGUGCUGCUCCAACCGAUGGAACAAACGUCUGUAGUGUUGCCGGUCUUGCAAAUCUACUCGGCUACGAUUGUUCACAAACGAUGUUGAUUAUAACUGCAUUAUUGGCAGCGUUACUUGUUAUAUUGUUGUCGGCCACGUCAUUUAUAUUUUGGAAGCGACGAUAUGAUCAGAAAUUUAAGGCAUCUGCAAAAUUUUUGCGAAUUUUCGGCAUCGAUUUUAAUACAUUGGCUCCGGUACACUCGAACACUCUGGACAAAUGGGAAAUAAGCAAAGAUCGAGUUGUAAUCAACAGGCGGCUGGGGGAAGGAGCUUUCGGGACGGUCUACGGGGGUGAAGCUCAAAUCGACGAUCAUUGGACCGCUGUCGCUGUGAAAACAUUGAAAAAAGGCUCAAACACAGAAGAUCGAUUGGAUUUUUUAUCCGAAGCCGAGGCUAUGAAAAGAUUUGAUCACAGUAAUAUUGUACGUUUAUUGGGCGUGUGUCUACAGUCCGAACCAAUUUAUGCUAUAAUGGAGUUCAUGCUAUAUGGCGAUUUGAAAACAUAUUUACUGGCACGGCGACAUUUGGUCAAUGAAAAAAUAUGCGACGAUUCGGAUAUUUCACCGAAGCGUUUAACAAUGAUGGCAUUAGAUGUGGCAAAAGCACUGAGCUAUUUAUCCGAAGUGAAGUAUGUGCAUCGUGACGUAGCUUGCAGAAAUUGUUUGGUAAAUACACAACGUGUUGUGAAAUUGGGUGAUUUUGGUAUGGCGCGAUCAACAUCGGAAAAUGACUACUAUCGCUUCAGUCGAAAAGGUAUGCUUCCUGUUCGCUGGAUGGCCCCAGAAUCACUGAGUUUGGGAAAGUUCACACCAGCCUCAGACAUUUAUUCAUUUGGCGUUCUUUUGUAUGAAAUCAUCACCUUUGGUUCGUUCCCAUUUCAAGGGAUGACCAACACUCAAGUUCUAGAUUAUGUAAAGGAAGGUAACACGCUCACAAUACCAAAUGGAAUAAAACCCGCACUAGAGGGCUUAAUGAAGGCCUGUUGGUCUCUAUCGUAUAUAAAACGGCCAACCGCAUCUGAAGUGGUUGAUUUCAUUGGAAAUUAUCCAAAAUUGGUGACCGCUUCACUCGACGUACCUUUGAAAUCGGUCCAAAUACCGGAAACGGACAGCGAUCAAUUGGAAUUGUUGCCUGGCCUACGAAAAAUUCAAAAUGAACAAACUGACGAGCAAGAAGAUCAAAGUACAUAUAUAAAUCCACAUCCACAUCCAAAUCGCCUUAGAAUACCUAAUGGCAUCACACUUAGUGAAUUUAAUGCGGCCAACGAUGACUAUACUAUUUCAAAUCCGGCCACGCCAUCGAUAACAUACAAUCCCAUUGAACCACUGUUAUCAAUGUACGAUAGCGGCAGCAACGGAAGUCUCCGUCGAUAUGUUCCCAUGUGUGGUGUUAAACAAAAGAAAGGCAAUCGGGCAUUACAAAUGCUCGACGAACAUGUUGUUUAAUUCAUUAUUAUUAUUUUUUUAUAAGUUACCAAAUCAAAGCACUGAAAAGAGACUUGAAACAAAAGCAUUUACCACUUUUUUCGCUAUAGGCAUUUAAAAAGAAACAUUUUUUCGUUUAUAUAAAUAUAUAUAUUUUUUGAUAAUUUCAUAAUUGAGAAAAAAAUGAAAAAACCAAAUUAGACUUCUAUCUUUUUUAUAAGUUACUAUUUUUUAAGUAUUUCAAUAAGACGGAAUAAAAGAGAA